GUAUUGGGUGGGGUUUGGACUGUCAUCUUCAUGUUUGACAUGUACCCUCUUGCUUCAACGUCUAUUUCGCCCUGUCUUUAGUUCUCGGCAUCUUUAAAAUCACACAACUUUCUCUCAAUAAUCCCCACGGGGGAGGAAUUCAGAACUCAGAACUCCAUCUGGAAUAUAUUGUCUGAAUCUCUCAACCGAAAAAGGGGAAAUGAAGAACAAUCUCAGCAGCAGCACGAAGCUUAUCCUCCUCCAUCCUUACAUCCAAAAGCAGGGCAGCUCCAAUAGGCUAUGGCUUCUUGCAUUCAUUUCAUUCUUCACUCUGGCCUUCCUUCUCACCCUGAUUUACACCAGGGAAUCCAUCACAGCUACAACAGCUGCGGCUGCCUCGGCUACAACUGGCUCCAGCAUUAAUCUUCCGCUGUCGAGUUCCGUCGUGAGGGCGCUUGUUCACUAUGCUUCCAACUCCAACAACACCGAUCACAUGUCCCACACCGACAUCAAACAGAUAUCCGAUGUCCUCCAGAAAUGCCGGAGCCCGUGUAAUUUCCUGGUGUUCGGCCUGACUCCAGAAACCCUUCUCUGGAAAGCCCUGAAUCACAACGGGAGAACAGUAUUCAUCGAUGAGAAUCGGUACUACGCUGCGUACAUUGAAGAAAAAUACCCAGAAGUCGAGGCCUAUGACGUGCAGUACACUACCAAAAUAACUGAAGCAAAUGAAUUGAUUGCUGCAGUGAAGGAACAAGUUAUGAAUGAAUGCAGGCCGGUGCAAAAUCUCCUGUUUUCCGAGUGCAAGCUCGGGCUGAAUGAUCUGCCUAAUCAAUUUUACGAAGUUGAUUGGGAUGUUAUUUUGGUAGACGGGCCUCGAGGGUACUGGCCAGAAGCGCCUGGCCGGAUGUCGGCCAUCUUCACAGCAGGUGUUCUGGCUAGGAGCAAAAAAGGCGGGAAUACAAAAACGCAUAUUUUUGUGCAUGAUUUCAAUCAAAAGGUGGACAGAACCACCAGUUAUGAGUACUUAUGCAAGGAAAAUUUGGUGAAAUCCAAAGAUAUGCUCGGGCAUUUUGUCCUGGAAAGAGCGGAUGCUAAUGUUUUUCAGUUCUGUCGCAGCAAUUACACCUCAACACCAGCUUCAUCAUCAUCAUCAUCAUCCUCGUCGUCUUCUUAGUUGGUAAUGUGCGUGUCAACACAAAUAAGUUUAGUCCUUUGCCAAUGAUCAGGAGGCGAACAAUUAGAUUACUCCUAUUUAUCCAUCUUUCAAAUUUUGACAUUUUGCUCGCUCCACCAGCUGCUGCUGUUGGUUGCAUGUAAAAUAAUUUUUUUUUUUUGUUGGGGUUUUGGCAUGUAAAAUGUAAUUGUUUGUGUUAUAAGUUUCAUGUGCAACCUGAAAACUUGGAAGGAAUCAACAAUUUGAGACGUGUCGUGGAAGUUUUAAUUU